AUUUUUCUUCUUGCCGUGCUAACUUUUGACGACUUCCUACUAGGUAAGUUUUCAGAGAAAACAAUGAAAUCGUCCUUGCAAGUAAACAACACACAUUUGCUUGGAACUAACAACUCACAACUCAUGCAACGGGAAAGGACAAAGACACUUUUACUCGUCUACACUGUUUUUUUCGGGACAGCAAAGUGGAUAAGAGAUCGUGAUUGUGGAUUUGAAAACAAGUUUCUAUUUGCCUCAAAUAAAUGUCUUUCAGGUGAUUUCGAAUUGACCUACGACAAACAACAGCUUGAGGAAAGCGACUUAGUCGUAUUUCACGCUAGAAACAUGCCAAGUGUAGGUCAUCUAAGAACGCUGCUGAAAAACAGGUCCACUUCACAGCGCUGGGUAUAUGCUUUGUGGGAAAUUCCAAAUGCAACACCAAAUCCUGAUCCAUUAAACGGGCUGUUUAACUCAACGUGGACUUACAGAAGCGAUUCAGACUUCUGGUCGCCAUAUAGAAGUUACGAGGUGACUGAAGAAGAAAAAUUGAAUAAAGUAAGAAACAUACCCGACUAUUCCCAAGGAAAAACUGAACUUGCGGCUUGGGUGGUUAGUAAUUGUGGCGCUCAACCUCGAAAGGCUUUUGUCGAAACGCUGAGAAAAUACAUCAAGGUUGACGUGUUUGGAAGGUGUUCCGGAAAAUUUGGGCAACGGAGAGGUUGUGGAAAUCUAACUGCUUGCCUUAAAACGUUUAAGUUUUAUCUGGCAUUCGAGAACGCUUUAUGUGAGGAUUACAUCUCUGAAAAAUAUUGGGGAAGGCUUGGUAAGACCCGCGUGCUUGAGUUUGAAAUUUAGCCCAUUUUUAUAGUCAAAAAUCGAAUUUCUUUAAUUCAUAGUACGGUUUCUGGGGCAUCUUUGCAUGUCUUAAGGUGACUCGACCCAGUUUUUUUGGAGGGGUACCAUCCUACUUUGAAGCUCUCUGGUAUCCCCACCUUUACUUUUAUCGUAAGUCUAACACAUAGAAUAGAUAACAUAUAGAUCAAUCUACAAUAUAACAUAAAAUUUUUGGAGAUCGGAGUAAAUGUCACGUGGUUAUAAUGCCACGCCCCUUUGAGGUCUGAGUCGAAAAUCUGCUGUUGCCGGCAUUUUUUCGUGAAAAUCUCUCGGCUACACAUAGUGCGCAUUAGUGUCUUGCGCUGAACAGAGUUUCACCAAAAUCGCAAAGACCCAAUUCGAGAAAUUCAGCGGUUUCCAAAUUUAGGUCAUAAUUUAUGCGAAAAUGAUAAGCAAACUUUACACGGAUUAUAUCUAAUAAACUAUGAGAUUCAUCUCUUUAUUUUGGGCAUCGUUAUAACAGAUGGGUCCUUGCAAGUCAGCAAAACGCUUUAGGGCCUUGUAAAUGCGCGCGAUUUCGAGCAAAGCAAACAUAUAGAAAUUACAGUUUUCGCUAUUUGUUGACGUUUGUCAGCGUUUAAGAGUCCUUCUCACGAAAAAAGCAUUUUCUUAAAAAUUCGUAGUUUUUUUUCCUUCCAAUUUUUUCAGGGCCACAAUUGAUUAACCAACUACCCGGACUCUGAAUAUCAUGGUCAUUGAAAAACUGUGACAUUAUCUUCUAUAAGCCCAACUUGAGUAAACAUUGAAGAUUUUUAGCGUUUUGGCUGAGUUUGUGCUUUGGGAGUUGUCUAUUGUUUCUAGCCUGUCAUUAUACAGCAUUCUUGUUCAGCACGCGUGCAAUGACCGCGCUUGGCUGACUUUCGAAUGCUCAACGAGAUAUUCCCGUCACGAGUUGAUUUAAUUAUUGGCUUGCAUUAAACCUAUGAAAAAAUGAUAUUUUUUUAAUAGUAACUAGAUUUAGUGUGUAGCACUUCUUGAUUUUUUUUGCAAAGGCACAAGAAGCACUAAUAUAACUGGUAUUCUGGUAUUUAAGCUGACCAACACAACACAACACUUUAAGGUGAUGGUCACUGGUCACUGUGUUCGACAAGUUUACUUUUAAUGCAAGUAAAUCUUGGUGACAAAUCUGGUGGCGUGUAAAGCAGCCUUUUUAAUUGGCCAUUUCGGAGUUGCGUAGGGAACUGGGGCGAGUUUCAAAUAUAAACUCGUCAAAAUAUUUUUCAGUUUUUCUGUUAGACUGUAAAAUUCGUCAUGAAUCUUCUACUUGGAAGGAACUAAUUCGAAAAUCACUAUGUUUGCCCCUUUUCAGGAAUAUCAUAUAAAUUGUGAAAAAAAUUAAGAGUUUAUAUGGUUUUGGGGGACGCUGUCAGCAAAAUUACAGAAGUUUGUAUGGAUUUUUAACCAUGUUUCAAGAGUUAUAACUUGAUCCCUGUUCGACCUUAGAGCACCAAGCUUGGUCAAAUAACCAAUCUCAACAUGACCUUUUAUUUGGUGGUGUCAGUUGAUCGAUUGGUUUAAAUUUGAAACUCGCCCCAAUUCCCUACGCAAGUCCGAAAUGGCCAAUUUAAAAGGCUGGUUUACAUGCCAGCAGAUUUGUCACCAAGAUUCAGGGGCACCCAAUGGAUCUGUUCCUCAAAAUAUCUGUUCUUCAGGCACAUUUUUGCUGGCUGGGAGAUGUGGAAGAAAUAAUAGUCCUUGAAAGGAAAGUGUUGCUGGGAAAAAGAUAUUUCAGGGUCUCAGAGGGGAUUUGAAGUCUAGAAUAGCUGCUACGGGUUACAUGUAUGGGUUACUUACCACUCAAGAUCUGAAUUGUACCCUAUGAAACUUCCCAGUAAGUCAGGUUGCAGGUUGUAAGGUUGCUGGCUGGGAACUCUUCCAUCAGUCUUGCUGGGAGUGAGGAACAGAUAAUUUUUUUCCAGCAAUCUCCCAAAAUGCUUAAAAUAGUCUCAGAAAACUUUAUUCACGCUUUGUUGUUGUUUUUAGGUCUUUUUCUCAAAAUUUCCUGUUGGGUGCCCCUGAAGAUUUACUUGUCGAACACUACAAAUCCGGCCUGAUUUCUUAUUUUGGCCUCCCUUUUAGACAGAGGAAUGCAACGUGUAAAUUUUUGGCUGCCCCUGAGGACUAUCGUGUGUUGCACAAAAGUACAUUUCGGGGCUGUCCAAUUAUCCACAGUCUCUCCAACGAAGUGGUUGGAGAGACUAUGAAUUAACCUUAUAAAAUAAACGUGGUGUAGGUGGGCGACUGGGUUAUUUUGUUUGGAAAGAAUUUGUUUUCCAGGCCUAAUCUACUGUAAUCGAAGAUGAUUGAAGACUGUACACAGACGUUUUAUUUUUCUUUUCGUUCUUUUGGAAAACAUAUAUAGGCGAGUGAGCGCGGAACGCGAGAAAGAAAAAUAUUUUCUUCUUCCCCCACCCCAACCUCAUUGCGCUGGCGGUAAAUAAAUCCCUCGCGGUCUAUUUUUUGUCACACGCGCUCGACGGACUUUGAAGAGAAAAUAGAGGGUUUGUGAACAGGCUAAAGUGAUUGCUAUUUGUGGGUGUACUUGUAAGACUAUUAACUUGAUGUAAGACUAUUAACUUGGUGUAAGACUGAUUUGUUUGACUCUUGAACUGUCAAAUUAUGUUUCUCUAAAAGCACUUAGCCUUUCCCUUAAAAGUCACAUGAAUGUGCCCUAAAGUUAACUGAUUUGUUUAUUACAAGUUUAUUUUUUUGAUUUAAAUUAUAAAUUUUCAGCGGGAGCUUCGCUUUUAGCCCUGGCUAAAUCUAUAUAUUAGGAAAUUAUAGGGUAAAUGCUAAGAAAGAAAGCUUGUAGUUAAUGUUUUUUAGGUGUCAAGAAUGUCUGAACAGGUUUCAAAAUUGGGGUUAAAAUACUGGAAAUUAAAAGCGCGGAAAUUAAUUCUGCACUUAAUUAACGUCGCGGAAAUUAACGCUCAACAAAAUUAACGCGACUUAAAUAACGAUUCGCGAAUGAAAACAAAGAAGCCACUUUUCAAGCUUUUGUUUAAAAGAGGCGGGUAAAGGGGUUAUUGCGUGAUACGUGAUUAAGUGUUUUUAAUUUUCGUGAAAGGUGAAAAUACGAAAUUAAAACCCGUGAACUGUGACCGGUUUGCUUGUCGUGUUACGUGAGCUUUAAAAUCUUUUACCCGAUAUUCGUGAUUUUCAACUAAUUUUUUCGUGAAAAUAGUCUCAAAUGAAGACAAAUUUUACAGGGAAACCAGUGGACCUUCAAAUGAACUUUUCUGAAAGGUCUUAAAAAACUCAAAGGCCGGUUAUUUAAACGAAGUUUAGCCAGUGGUUGACAAACCGUGUUCUAAACCAUUUUCAAUUUUUUCAACGCUUUUAUGUUGACACCGGUUAUGGUGAACGUUUCAUGGCAGCAACAGGGUAGACUAGGGUCGUAUAAACUGGGGACAAGAUGGUUAGAAUAUUUUUUCUUUUUCUCCUCUGGACUCAUUAUUUUCCUUCUCGUCGUGCUAACUUUUGACGACAUCCAGCUAGGUAAGUUUUCAAGGCGGACAAUGAAAUCGUCGUUGCAAGUAAACAACACACAUUCGCUUGAAAACAACUUGGACGCGAUGAUAAACGUGAAUUCAACAACUAACAACUCACAACUCACGCAACGGGAAAGGACAAAGACAGUUUUACUCAUCUACACUGUUUUUUUCGGGACAGCAGAGUGGAUAAGAGAUCGUGAUAAAUGUGGAUUUGAAAACAAGUUUUUAUUUGCCGCAAAUAAAUGUCUCUCAGGUGAUUUCGAAUUGACCUACGACAAACAGCGGUUUGAGGAAAGCGACUUAGUCGUGUUUCACGCUAGAAACAUGCCAAGUGUAGAUCAUCUAAGAACGCUGCUGAAAAACAGGCCCACUUCACAGCGCUGGGUAUAUGCUGUGUGGGAAAGUCCAUUUGCAACACCAAAUCUUGCUCCAUUAAACGGGCUUUUUAACUCAACGUGGACUUACAGAAGCGAUUCAGAUUUCUGGUCGCCAUAUGGAAGUUACGAGGAUCUGAGUGAAGAAGAAAAAAUAAAUGAAAUAAAAAACAUACAGGACUAUUCCCAAGGAAAAACUGAACUUGCGGCUUGGAUGGUUAGUAACUGUGGCGCUCAACCUCGAAUGGCUUUUGCCGAAACGCUGAAAAAAUACAUCAAGUUUGACGUGUUUGGAAGGUGUUCCGGAAAAUUUGGGCAACCGAAAGGAUGUGGAAAUCUAACUGCUUGCCUUAAAACGUUUAAGUUUUAUCUGGCAUUCGAGAACGUUUUAUGUGAAGAUUACAUCACUGAAAAAUAUUGGGGAAGGCUUGGUAAGACCCUAUUUUUUUAACACGUACAAAAUAGUUUCCGAAAGUCCAGUUGGAAAGUAAAUAGAACACCAUUUUUUGGGUCGUUCCAACAGAGAGUUUCCGCAUACAUGCUAUUCAUUUUCAUUUUCUCUUUCAUUGUCCAAAAUACUCAAUCUCAAGGGAGAAAUUCUACAAUCAAAUCCAACAAAAUUUUGUCGACUUUAAUCAGCUAUCUUACACAGAAUUAAUAAUUAAAUUGAUGAAUUCACAGAAUUUUUCCGUAAAUUCACAUUUGUUGAAAUAUGUGUCUCAUUAUGUAAUGAUUUACGUAAUAAUUUGUUAUCAAAUCAUGCUGAUGACACUUGAUUGACUAUAGUAAUUAUUGUAUUGCAUUAUCAUUGUUAUGAUUUGUUUGUUUGUUUGUUUGUUUUUUUAUGUUAAAGCUUUUGCAAUACUGUAACUACAUAAUUAUAGUCAUGCAAAUAAAGCUUAUGUUGUUGUUGUUGUUGCCAACUCUCCCGGAUACGGCAUCGAUCUCCCGCUGUCUCGUACGGGUCAUGCACUCAAUCUCUCGGAUAAAAUCGACUUUUGAACUUUUCUGUGCUUUAGGUUGAAAUUUAGCUCAUUUUUAUAGUCAAAACUCGAAUUUGUUUUAUUCAUAGUACGCCGGUUUCUGGGGCACCUUUGCAUCAUAAAUUAAACGAGAAGUCCAAAGACUAUCCAUCCAAAAGGCCCGGAGCUAGCCUUGGAAGAAAAUUAAAAUCCCACAGUUUUUGAACGGUCAAAAUGCGUAGUAAUCGCCUACCAAGUCUGCUUUAAAUCAGUUACUGUUCAACCAUUUGGUUAAUGACAUCCAAUCAAAACCAGGCAAUCAGCGGGACGAUUUCUCACUGGCAUGUGACAGUAUUUAUGAAAAAGUCGAGAAAACGUUCUGGUUUUGUAGUUUAUCCAUAUUUUAAGGACAGUGAAUUUACAUCUGCAACUCAAAUGGAUGGAAAGUUUUAAACUACUAGGUAUGUGAAAGGGAUACCAUUUGUCAAUAGCAGGUCUACAAAAGGGGUACUGUUCCUCUCAAAAAUUCCUCUAUAAAAUGGACAUGGGCUGGACCUAAGGGCGGAGCCUCCAAGUAACAAACACAAAACUGUCAAGAAAAACCUACAGAUCUAAACAUGAUAUUUUCUGCCUUUUAAUAACGUUUAGUUUUCCUUUUUGAUAUCUUAUAAUAUACUUCGAAUGCGCUCAUAGACGUGGUGGAGAUUCUAUAUUAGCGGGGAAAAAGUGCCCUAAAAUGUGUCUAAAAAUCAACUGAUCCGUAAAAGCGCCGUGACAUGGGCCUAGUAAGGGAGUUACUCGCUCCAGGUUAUGGGCUCCUAAAUUGUGGCAUUUUAAAAUACUCGCUAGCCUAAAAGUUUUUCUAAUUUCCUGUUUUCCUGAUUCUGUAAUGUUUUCUUCUCUGACUUGCAAUAUUAUGAGUGAAAUGAACAACUGCCUGCGGGCCAUGAUACAGACCCUCUAACUGGCACAGAUUUCUGGGACGGUUAUUAGAGGGUGACCGCUUAAUACAGAUGCACAGCAUUGGUAAAUAGCAUUUCAGCCAUGGGCGUCUGCCAUUUAGAGAGGGUCUGAAUGGGGGUACAUCGAUAAUACUAACACUUCAUUUUUUGGCUUUGUAACAUGAGACAGUUAAAUUUUAGGCAUUUUAACACUAACAGUAAAAAAUUCUUUGAAACAGUAAAUUUUCUCCAGAAAGAAGAAAAAACGGCCUCAAAAAGGCCAAUAUUAUUUUGUUAAGUAUAUCAAGGAGUUUUCGGCCAUUUUACGACAAUUUAUUUCCGAUUUCCGAAGGCUACCUAAGUUUCCCGAAGACUGCCGAACAUUUUCGAAGACUAACGAAGAGGUCCGACCAUUGCUGAAGAUAUCCGAAGAACCCUCCAAACACUUAACAGUACUUUCUUCGGAAACUCCAAACAUUAAAAACUUGGCUAAUUUUGUACAGCAAACACUAAAAAUUAUGGGAGAAUAACAUUUAACACUAAACCCCAUUCAGACCCUCUUUAAAUAUUGCACAGUUUGGUAGUUUUCAGAUCAUGAUUAGAUCUUUUUUUUAUUCCAGGUGAUAUGAAUGUCAUCCCAGUUGUGAUGGGAGGUGCCGAUUACUCCAAGCUGGCUAUCCCGGGGUCCUAUAUCAAUGUUAUGGACUUCAAAACUGUUAAACAACUGGCAGAGUACCUUCAGUAUCUGGACAAAAAUAACACUGCUUAUAAUGAAUACUUUAAAUGGAGACUAAAAUACAAAGUGUUUCGAAGCAACAUUGAUUUAUCAAUGUGUCAAAUAUGUAAAUGGUAUGUUUCAAAAUCUCCCCUUGAACCGAAAGUUUACGGUGACCUUAGAACGCAUUGGUUGAAGAAGGGACGAUGUAAUGAGAAAAGCCAUCUUAUCCGAAAUAUGUGGAAAGACGAAUGA